AGUGUCAAAUUGUCAAUAAUUGGUGGAUAACCUCAAAAUCGUACUGAUCUAAUGAAAUAUCAAAACAAAAUUAAUUAUUUCUAGUCAGUAAACGAUAUAAUUACCAAUCUAAUCAUGGCUGGAACAAUGUUCCGAUCCAUGUUCACGAAUGCUUUAACACUUUAUAAAAGCAACACUACUAAUUUGAGGAGCUUACAUACAGCAACCGUGACCUAUGCCGCCCGUAAGGGUACCAGGGCAAAGGCCCGUGCCAAGAAGGUCAAGGUGGAAGUCACCAAAGUUGGCUUCAUUCCACACAAUCAGAGAGGGAAAAAUAAGAACAUCCAUUCGAAUGUCAGCAAGCAUUUAGAUGACACAUUCAAGCCAAUCCCCAAGGAUGAUGUGUACCCACUAAAGUACUAUCGCUGGAUAGUGUACACCGCUGAGGACGCAGUAAAGGCCCACCAACAAACACAUCACCCCACUAUGUACAAUGUUCCCAAUGCUCUGGUAUCUGCACAGAUUGAGUUCAAUAUGGCUGCUGCUAAAAAGAAUCGUUACAUGGACAGUUUCACCCGUCUCUCAUUGCUUCCCAACCUGUUCCCGCGUGACGAGGAGCGCACGAUCUUGGCGUUCUGUAAGGGUUCCGAACUUAUCAAGGAGGCGACAGACGCAGGAGCCACGAUUGCUGGUGGAACUGACCUUAUUAAGAAAAUUCAGGAAGGUCAAAUCAAGCUUAGUGAUUACGACUACGUGCUGGCGCAUCCCAAUGUCCUCACAGACUUGGUGCCGAUUCGAGGUUUGAUGAAGAGGCGAUUCCCCAACUUGCGAGCUGGCACUUUAGACAAUAAUCUUGGAGCAUUGGUGAAGAAGUUUUCUGGAGGAGUCCAGUACAGAGUGUUGAAGGAUGAGCAUCAACAAAACUAUGGAUUUGUUGAAGUUCCUAUUGGAAGGUUGAAUAUGGACCCUAAACUGGUAGCAGAAAACCUAGAAGCUUUGCUUAAAGAUUUGCAGUCAGCACGACCGAAACGCGAUGGUCUUUUCAUUACAAGAUGUCUGAUUGUUAGCCCACCAUCCCCGGAAAAGCUCAAGAUUGACCCGUUUGUUUAUGUUGAUAAAACAUUGGCUAAAGAAGUGCAAGAUGAUAGCGACGAUGAAGGAGAAGCAGUCGCUGCUACUGCGUAAUAGUUUUAAUAAGUGUUGUAGUAUAUUAGUUGUAAAAAUUCGUAAAAUAAAGAUUAAAAAUAAAUAAUUAUUAUUGAA